CACACCGCGCGGCGAGUUGAUUUGUAUGCGACGAUUCAUUUGGGAAAGACAGCAACAGCGCAUAGUACUACAGGAUGUCGCGGAUCAUUUCAACGUUUUGCACGGGGAAGCACGACUAGCACAGUAACGCGAUUCAUAUUUAAAAGGUAUAAUGCGAAUGGUUAGAAGAGCUCGAAUUCAAACAAAAUGGAAACAAUUUAGAAUCGCUGCGGCAUUCCAUGUAGCCAGAAGGACUACUAGGGUAGAACAUAGCUGGAUAGCGAGCUAGUUAUUAACUAAUAUACAUGCGAAGUUACAUAUCAGAAAAGCUCAAACAGAGCCUGUAAGCUGGUUGAAACUAUUAGUCCCCAGUUACCAAAGAAGACUGAAGAAAAUACUUAAAUAUGCUACGGAGAAGACUGAACCGUUUGUUUGGUAGGGACGAGAGGAGGGUAGACAGCAGGACCAUCUACGUAGGCCACCGGCCCUGUCCCGCCACCGAAGCUUUAACCCCCCCCAAGUUCUGUGACAACAGGAUUGUCUCUUCCAAGUACACGGUGUGGAACUUUCUGCCAAAGAAUCUGUUUGAGCAGUUCAGAAGAAUCGCCAAUUUCUACUUCCUCAUCAUCUUUUUGGUGCAGGUGAUCGUAGACACCCCCACCAGCCCAGUCACUAGUGGCCUACCCCUGUUCUUCGUCAUCACUGUCACAGCCAUCAAACAGGGCUAUGAGGACUGGCUGCGGCACAAGGCAGAUAAUGAGGUGAAUAAGUACCUGGUGACAGUGCUGGAGGACGGCCGGAGAGCAUGCAAGGAGAGCGAGAAGAUCAAGGUUGGGGAUGUGGUGGAGGUGGUUGAGGAUGAGACCUUUCCCUGCGACCUCAUACUGCUGCAGUCCAGCCGGGAGGACGAGACCUGUUUUGUCACCACGGCCAGUCUGGACGGGGAGUCCAACCAUAAGACACACUACACAGUGCCAGACACGGAGAGGAACCUGGAGUCUCUCAGCGCCACCAUCGAGUGCGAGCAGCCGCAGCCUGACCUCUACAAAUUUGUGGGGCGUAUGCACAUCUACAGGAACAACCAGGAACCUGCUGUGAGGUCUUUGGGUCCAGAGAAUCUCCUCCUGAAAGGUGCUACCUUGAAGAACACUCAGAAGAUAUAUGGUGUGGCAGUUUACUCAGGCAUGGAGACCAAGAUGGCUCUGAACUACCAGGGGAAGUCCCAGAAGCGCUCUGCGGUGGAGAAGUCUAUCAAUGCCUUCCUGCUGGUGUACCUGUGCAUCCUGGUGAGCAAGGCCCUGGUGUGCACCACACUCAAGUAUGUGUGGCAGAGCCGACCAGGCCAGGACGAGCCCUGGUACAACCAGAAGACGCAAAAGGAGAAAGAUACCAACCUGUACCUGAAGAUGUUUACUGACUUCCUGUCGUUCAUGGUUCUGUUCAACUUCAUCAUCCCCGUGUCCAUGUACGUGACAGUAGAGAUGCAGAAGUUCCUGGGCUCUUUCUUCAUCUCCUGGGACAAGGACUUCUUUGACCCCGAGAUCCAGGAAGGGGCUCUGGUCAACACAUCCGACCUCAACGAGGAGCUGGGACAGGUGGAGUACGUGUUCACAGACAAGACGGGUACGCUGACCCAGAACAACAUGGAGUUCAUUGAGUGCUGCAUCGACGGCUUCCAGUACAAGUACGCCGACUCAGGCACCGAGCUGGACGGCUUCUGUGUCACAGAUGGACCUGUGAACAUACUGCAGCAGAAGGCUGGCAGGGAGAAGGAGGAGCUGUUCCUGCGGGCUCUGUGUCUGUGCCACACGGUGCAGGUGAAGGAGGCUACGGGUCAGGAGGAUGGAGUAGCAGACGGUGUAGAGGACCAGGUGGACGGCGUCAUGGGGCUGGAUGGAGAGACGGUCCGCCCUGCGGACCUCAGGGGCUUCAUUGCCUCCUCACCCGACGAGGUGGCACUGGUCAAGGGAGCCAUGAAGUACGGUUUCAAAUUCCUUGGUAUGGAGAGCAAGAACAUGAGAGUGAUGAACAGAAACAACGAUGUUGAAACGUAUGAACUGCUUCACGUGUUGAACUUUGACCCGGUGCGAAGGCGUAUGAGUGUGAUAGUCCGAACCAAAUCAGGGGACACCAUGCUGUUCUGUAAGGGGGCCGACUCCUCCAUCUUCCCCCGUGUCAGGCAGGAGGAGGUGGACAGGAUACGCAUGCACGUGGAACGCAACGCUACGGAGGGCUACCGGACGCUGUGUGUGGCCUACAAGCUGCUGAGCAGUGAGGAGUAUGACCAGGCAGACACGGGGCUGAGGGAAGCCAAGCUGGCCCUGCAGGACCGAGAGGAGAAACUCAUGGCUGUAUACAACCAGGUGGAGACCGGGAUGAGCCUGAUCGGAGCUACCGCCGUGGAGGACAGGUUGCAGGAGGAGGCAGCCGAGACCAUGGAGGCCCUGCAGGGAGCCGGCAUGAAGGUGUGGGUCCUGACGGGGGACAAGAUGGAGACGGCCAAGUCCACGUGCUACGCCUGCCGGCUGUUCCAGAGGAGCACAGAGCUGCUGGAGCUGACGGUGCGAACCCUGGUGGAUCUGGGGAGGAAGAGAGAGGAGCGCCUCCACGAGCUGCUGCUGGACUACCACAAGAGGGCAGUACAGGACGCCCCACCGAUCAAGGCUGGGGUCACCAGGAGCUGGUCUUCAGCCAACCAGGACUACGGCUUCAUCAUAGACGGAGCCACUCUGUCCUUGGUGCUUAACUCCUCUCCUGACUCCAACUCCAGCUGCUACAAGAGUCUCUUCCUCCAGAUCUGUCAGAACUGUACCACUGUCCUGUGCUGCCGCAUGGCUCCCCUACAGAAGGCCCAGAUAGUAAAGAUGGUGAAGAACUCUAAAGGCAGCCCCAUCACCCUCUCCAUCGGAGAUGGAGCCAACGAUGUCAGUAUGAUCCUGGAGGCACACGUUGGCAUCGGUAUAAAGGGUAGAGAGGGUCGCCAGGCAGUGAGGAACAGUGACUAUGCCAUCCCUAAGCUCAAGCACCUGAAGAAACUGCUACUGGGACACGGGCACCUCUACUAUGUCCGUAUUGCCCACCUGGUGCAAUACUUCUUCUACAAGAACCUCUGCUUCAUCUUACCUCAGUUCCUGUACCAGUUUUUCUGUGGAUACUCCCAGCAACCCCUCUACGACGCAGCCUAUCUGACGAUGUACAACAUCUGUUUCACCUCAAUGCCUAUCCUGGCCAACAGCCUCUUGGAGCAGCACAUCUGUAUGGAGGUCCUGAUGGACAAUGCCGCCCUCUACAGGGACGUAGCAAAGAAUGCCAUGUUGCGUUGGGGCCCCUUCCUGUACUGGACACUACUGGGGGUCUACCAGGGCCUCUUAUUCUUCUUCGGGGUCCGCUUUCUCUUUAGUAACCCCGCCCUGCAGGAUAAUGGCCAGGUGUUUGGGAAUUGGUCGUACGGAACGAUUGUUUUUACUGUCCUCGUUUUCACCGUGACGCUGAAGCUGGCUAUGGAUACUCGCCAUUGGACGUGGAUCAAUCACUUUGUCAUCUGGGGCUCGCUGGCCUUCUACAUGUUCUUCAGCUUCUUCUGGGGUGGGAUCAUAUGGCCUUUCCUUCGGCAGCAGCGUCUCUACUUUGUGUUUGCUAAUAUGCUGAGCUCUGUGUCAGCCUGGCUGAUCAUCAUCCUGCUCAUCCUGCUCAGCCUGCUGCCUGAGAUCCUGCUGCUGGUCCUCCGAAAGCCCCGCGGGCCCCACUCACGACAGCCUUCAGAGGACUUCCUCCUAAAAACAUCCAGAUCGCUGCCGUCACGCCCUUGUCCUACAAGCACCUGAUCGGGCAGGAGUGAAGGGCAGAAAGGAGGGUCAACUAUACUGCGGCCAGUGUCUUUCAGGCCCCCAUGGCAGUCAAGCUGGCUGCCUGCACUUUUGCCUAAUCUAAAAAGAAAAUGGAAAUUGAUAAAAAGAAAAUAGAAAAGAUGCUAGAAGAGCCAGGGCUGGACUCCUCUUCCUGUUUCCCUCUGCAUGUCUGCAGAGUACUGCACCACCGGCCCACGCAGCACAGGCCGUUUUUACCACCGUUUUUACUGCACUAUUCAGACAGGAGGCAUGAGUUUCCGCAGUUUCUUUUUCAUUUUUUGAAUUCUUUCUUUAAAAAAUGGAAAUGAAUGCGUACACGGCUACCUUGUCAGUAGUACUACUACGAUCUGCUGUGUUCUAACAUGCAGCCACACCUCCACUGACCCAGAAUGAUUCAUCUGCAUGAAACGAAGGAGGUUCCAUGAAUGCCACAUUCCACUUGUUAUUACUUGUGUGUUUACGUCACGGUUUGUUAAAACAAAAAUACAAAUGUUACGUAACUUUCUUAAACAGAUUCCACAGUUCCAGGCCCAAAUAGUUUGUACAGUACCAGUCAAAAGUUUUAGAACACCUUCUCAUUCAAGGGUUUUUCUUUUUUUUAAUUAUUUUCUUCAUUG